GUCUCAGCGAUGGCAGAUCUGGCUCUGUUAGAGGACCUCAACGCACGUCUAAGACGAGAGAGAGUUUUUCGAGACCGCGCCGAUUUUUUUAUGGAGAGCGAUGAAUGGCUCUUGAGUCGUUUUCGUCUCCCAAGGCAUCUCCUGAUGGAGCUAUGCAAUGCUUUGAAGCCACAGUUAAGGCGAGAAACUAGGCGAUCAAACAUAAUACCUGUGCCAGUGCAGGUGUGCUCUACCUUGGGGUUUUUGGCCACCGGGACCUUUCAGCGGGAGAUCGGGGACAGGUCUGGUAUUUCCCAGCCAAGUAUUAGCCGAACCAUGCCAGCAGUUUUGGCAGCUAUAAUGUCCCUCUCCGAACGUUAUAUUAAAUUCCCAUAUAAUAACGAUCAGCAAACUGGAAUCAAACGGGAUUUUUAUGCUAUUGCUAGGUUUCCAAAUGUGAUUGGUGCGGUUGAUUGGACCCAUGUCUGUGCGUAUAAAGCCACCAUCUAUUAAUGAUUACGCACAUCAACCGCAAAAGCUACCAUUCAGUUAAUGUUCCGAUUAUUUGCGAUGCCAGAAUGUCAAUCCUGAACAUGGUAGCCCGAUGGCCUGGGGGCACGCACGAUUCUUUUAUUUUCCAAAAUAGCAACGUUGGGCAUCGUCUACAUCAGGGCGCACUACAUGGUCAGAGUCAUCUCCUCGGUGAGUUACGCUGCAGUCACACUUUUUUUUCUCUUGAAAAACGUUUAAGACAUCGCACUAAAAGUUUGAUGUGAUUCAUCUAGGUGACAAAGGCUAUGCCCUGAACGAGUACCUAAUAACUCCCAUAUAACAACUAUCAUAAUAUAUAUUAUAACUCCCAUAUAAUAACGACCUCUUCCGUAGCCCGACGAACAUUGGAAACACUAUUCACUGCAACAGUUAUUUCCUUCCAUAUAGCAUUCUUUUGCUUGCCUUUAAUGACAGCUUUUAGGCUACCAAACAAAACCAGACGGUUUGCAUCCACCAGUAACGCGAGCGUCUCCAUUUCGGUCUCGGAAAAAUUCCUCUCUUUUUUUUUACCGUUGUACGUUUCUCCCCGUCGUAAAAGUUAGGGGCGAGACUUCUGAGGACGUGCUUUUAUAUGGGCGUGUUACGUUAAUUACGAUCGAUCUCAGCCGCCGUAUUUAUCAACACCAAGAUCCUUCGUACGCUGGGAUUGGUGUGAUACGAAAGUUUCGUGAAUCUCACGUGGGUCCUAUCGUAAGAUGAAUCAUGCGUUCAGAUUUGCGCUCAUUUCUACGUUUGUUUGAUGAAUGAGGGCCAUUGAGUUUGACUCCAAAAAUGACAUGUCUCUUGAAUUAGUUGGACCUUUUUCUUGUCAAAAGUGAACAAUACAAACAGAGGCAUGAAAUCGAAAUAAGGGUAAAGAAAAUGUGUUAAUACUAAGGCUUCCAGCUCUUUUUCCCGCGCAUGAUAUCACUACUUUUGAAGUCAUGACUCUACUGAAGCCUUAUCCAGCGUAUGUCUAGGUGGACACGCCCACUUGUGAUGUCAGAAGAGGCUGAUUUUCCAAAUAGCUAGUAAAGGCUAAUCACACUCACACCUGGUGGUAUAAUAUGUGACCUUUAAUAAUAAUUAUAUAGAAUAGAAAAAACAAGAACUCAAAAUAUUCAAAUUAGACAUUGACUAAAUAUGCAUCUUUCAUUAAAUCUCAGUUGAUAAAGUUUUGUCUCUCCAGGCGUCACAUCCAAUAGUCAGAGCAGAUCUACAACUAUAUGUGACUGUUGUUCAUCUCAGAACUAAACCAUUACACCAUCAUUAGUCUGAGUAAAGCUUUGUGUGUGUUGUGUUGAAGCCCAGAGCAGCAGCAGAGAGCAGACUCCCCUGGACCCAGCUGUGUCUCAAUGAAGAGUGACCACUCUAUGGGUCAACCUCCUAAACCAAAACUUGGAGGCAGCUCAGGAGAGGAGAGAGUCCAGCAGGAGAGAGCAGACCCCCCUGGACCCAGCGGUGUCUCCAUGAAGAGCGACCACUCUAUGGCACAACCUGUCAGGUUUGGAGACGGAAAUCAGUCUACUGAGCCAAGAAAACACCAGAGGAAGUCAAAGGUUACCAGUGGUCCGUCUGUACAGCAGCAGCACACAGAGUUGAAGCGGAUCAAGGAGAACGCACACGCUUUUCUAGACAAGGAGGUGGAGAAGCUCUGGCGGGUUCUCUUCCCGGAUGACCCACAAUGCUCAGAGAGUCAGGGGGAGGAAGAGGAGGUGGAUGGUGAGGAAGACAAGCAGAGGAAGUGCGCCAGAGAGGGAGUGGUUGACAUCACACUGCUCUGCAUGAAGCAGUUGAAGCUGGAGGAACUGGCCGACACGUUGUGGAGCAAAAAAGUAGCUGAUGAGUGCCAACGUAAAAUCAAGUCUCAUCUGAAGAAGAAGACCCAGUGUGUGUUUGAGGGAAUCGUAAAAGCAGGAGAGUCAAGACCUCUGAAUGAGAUCUACACAGAGCUCUACAUCACAGAGAGAGUUAGUGGAGAGGUCAACAAGGAACAUGAGGUCAGACUGAUUGAAGCAGCUUCCAGGAAACCAGCAAAGCAGGAAACACCAAUCAGAUGUGAAGACAUCUUUAAACCCUUACCUGGAAAACAUCAACCAAUCAGGACAAUAAUGACAACUGGAGUGGCCGGCAUUGGUAAAACCAUCUUAACACACAAGUUUACUCUUGACUGGGCUGAGGGCAAAACCAACCACAAUAUAGACUUCACAUUUCUCUUCACUUUCAGAGAGCUUAAUUUACUGAGAGAUAAAAACUUUAGCUUGGUGGAACUUCUUCAACACUUUUAUAUUAAUAUUAAAGAAGCAGCAAUCUGCAGAUAUGACCGGUUCAAAGUUGUCUUCAUCUUGGAUGGUCUGGAUGAGUGUCGACUUCCUCUGGACUUCCAGAACAACCCGAUCUGUAAUGAUGUCACAAAGUCCACCUCGGUGGACGCGCUGCUGACAAACCUCAUCAGGGGCGACCUGCUUCCCGACGCUCGCAUCUGGAUAACCACACGCCCUGCGGCAGCCAAUCAGAUCCCUGCUGAGUGUGUUGAAAUGGUGACAGAGGUGAGAGGGUUCACCGACCCACAGAAGGAGGAGUACUUCAGGAAGAGAUUCAGAGACGAGACACUGGCCAGCUCAAUCAUCUCCCACGUCAAGAAAUCACGAAGCCUCCACAUCAUGUGUCACAUCCCGGUCUUCUGUUGGAUCACUGCUACAGUUCUGGAAGACUUCUUCAAAACAACCCAGGGUGAAGAAGAGAAGCCCAAGACCAUGACUCAGAUGUACAGCCAUUUCCUGAGGGUUCAGUCCAUACAGGGGGACAGGAAGUAUCGUGGGAGAGCUGAAACAGAUCAUCCCUGGAGUUCAGAGAGCAAGGAGAUCAUUGAUUCUCUGGGAAAACUGGCUUUUAACCAGCUGGAGAAAGGCAACCUGAUCUUCUACGAGGCAGACCUGGCAGAGUGUGGCAUCGAUAUCAGAGCAGCCUCAGUGUACUCAGGACUGUUUACCCAGAUCUUUAAAAAGGAGUGUGGGCUGUACCAGAACAAGAUGUUCUCCUUUGUCCAUCUGAGCGUCCAGGAGUUUCUGGCUGCCCUAUAUGUUUUCUGGUCCUUCAUCAAAGAUGGUGUCAAUCUGCUCUCAGAAGAACCACCAACCAUCAGGGGAGAUGAACUCCUCCUCUACCAGAGUGCUGUGGACAAGGCCAUACAGAGUGAGAACGGACACCUGGACUUGUUCCUCCGCUUCCUCCUGGGCCUUUCUCUGGAGACCAAUCAGAAUGUCCUACGAGGUCUGCUUGGAGCGACAGGAAGUAGCCCACAGACCAAUCAGAAAACAGGGUCUUACAUCAAGGAGAAGAUAAGUGGAGAUCUCUCUCCAGAGCGAAGCAUCAAUCUGUUCUACUGUCUGAAUGAGCUGAACGACUGUACUCUAGUGGAGGAAAUCAAACCGUGCUUGACAUCAGGAAGUCUCUCCAGAGAAUCUCUCUCCCCUGCUCAGUUGUCAGCUGUGGUCUUCAUCCUACUGUCAUCAGAAGCAGAGCUGGACGUGUUUGACCUGAAGAAAUACUCUGCCUCAGAGGAGGGUCUUCUGAGGCUGCUGCCAGUGGUCAAAGCCUCCAAAACAUCUCUGCUGAAUGGCUGUAAUCUGUCAGAAAGAUGCUGUGAAGCUCUGGCCUCAGUCCUCAGCUCCAACUCCUCUAGUCUGAGAGAGCUGGUCCUGAGUACCAAUGAUCUGCAGGAUUCAGGAGUGAAGCUGCUCUCUGCUGGACUGGGGAGUCCACAUUGUAUACUGGAAACUCUCAGGCUGAAUGGCUGUGAUCUGUCAGAGAGAUGCUGUGAAACUCUGGCCUCAGUUCUCAGCUCCAACUCCUCUAGUCUGAGAGAGCUGGACCUGAGUACCAAUGAUCUGCAGGAUUCAGGAGUGAAGCUGCUCUCUUCUGGACUGGGGAGUCCACAAUGUACACUGGAAACACUCAGGUUGUCUGGCUGCCAGGUCACACAGGAAGGCUUUGCUUCUCUGGCCUCAGCUCUGAGCUCCAACCCCUCUCAUCUGAGAGAGCUGGACCUGAGCUAUAAUCAACCAGGAGAUCCACGAUCUACACUGCUCCCGGCUGGACUGGAGGUUCCAUGCUGGAGCCUGAAAACGCUCAGUGUGGAGCACGGUGGAGUGUGGAGGAUGAAACCAGCUCUAAAGAAGUAUGCCUGUGACCUCACACUGGACCCAAACACAGCCCACAGACGACUCUCUCUGUCUGAGGACAACAGAAAGGGGAUGGGGGUUGGAGAGGACCAGUCAAAUCCUUAUCACCCAGAGAGAUUUGAAGUCUGGCACCAGGUGUUGUGCAGAGAGGGUCUGACUGGCCGCUGUUACUGGGAGGUAGAGUGGGAAGGAGAUGUUGAUGUAGGAGUGACAUACAGAGGAAUAACAAGGAGAGGAGAGGGUGUUGACGGCCUGAUUGGAGCGAACAACAAGUCCUGGAGUCUUCUUUGUGAUGAUGAUGGUUACUUUGCUUGGCACAACAAUAUAAAAACAGUAAUACGUCUCCCCCCCCCCGGCUCUAACAGAGUAGGAGUGUAUCUGGACCGGACUGCUGGCACUCUGUCCUUCUACAGAGUGUCCCCAGGUGGUGGAGUGUCCUCAGACACACUGAAACACAUCCACACCUUCCAGUCCACCUUCACUCAGGAGGACCUCCUCCCUGGGUUUGGGAUGUUUGCUUCUGGUUCAUCAGUGUCUCUGAGUCAGUUUUAGUGAAACACACACACAAAGACACACAGAGACAGACACAAAGAAACACAGACACACACGCACACGCACACACACACACACACACACACACACACACACACACACACACACACACACACACACACACACACACACACACACACACACACACACACACAUAUAUACACAAAUACACACAGUCCCCCCCACAUCAGGAUCCAUGUGUUCUGUAUGUUAUUUUUUAACUCAACUUCUAACUCAUGCAAUAAGGAAUUUAUCAUCCUCAAUAUCAUAUCUUUGGCUUCCUCAUCUGAACCAUUGUUCAAAUGAGGAGGGUUAGAUGAUGAAAGCUAUUUUUAAAAGGUGUGUUUUCAAUGGUGCUCAAUAAAUCAGUUAUCAAUAAUUAGGGGGUUUGUUGCAUUGUCCGGCGCCCCCAACGCAUUUGCCGGUCGCCUAUGCCGAGCACCAGCCCUGUACUGGGGUCAUGGGUUGGGAUAGAUAGUGUAUUAAAUGUACUGGGGUCAUGAAUCGGGAUACAUACUGUAUUAAAUGUGUUAAGGUGUUUAUUCAUUGAAACAUACUCAUUUGUUGAAGAGUAAUGUUUGUAUGGUAGGUGAUUAUUCUCUUUGAUCGAACUUGACACGACUCCUUUCUGGUUGUACUUUUUUAAAAACAGAAAUAAAAUGUAGUUUCUGCUUUAACCAAGUAUGGCCACUAGAUGAUAGUGUUUCUCAUUUAUUCACAAAAUGAUAAUUCUGAAUUGUGCUUCUGCUUCUGCUAACAUCUGCUAUGGAAACUAAAUAUUGUGAAACUAUAAUGUAUUGUACGCGGCGUUCCGAGUGCCGCAAAGGAUCCUGGGAGGAUUCGGACUAUCACUAGUUGGACCUUUCGCGCCCUCCUGAGUCCUUUGCGUCAUUAAUAUUAUGUGUAGUAAAGUAAAGUAGUGUAUACUAAAUAAUUUUUAGGAGCCUACACAGAGUAAAGGUUUGACGCAGUCGUGAACCUUUAUGGUUCUGCGUCAGUUAUUUUUGUAAGCGGACCAAUCCCUUGCUGUAGUUGCAGUUUUUUGGAGGCGAAGUGUCACAAAUACUUCAUAUUUGUGUCUGUAUCGAUACAUAGAAGGAAUCAAACCACAUGGCAGCAACUCACAUUUUAAUUUGAUACAUUGAGCAAAGUGCGCCAUCUGAAAUGUAUUGCAUAGCGGCCUGACGUUUACAAUGGGCGUCUAUAGGGGGCAUCUACCUACAGCUGGGCUCUGAGGGUCGCAGCAUCAAAGCAUCGCACGAAGAUCACAGCAAAUAAAGCCAAGUACGCUCCCUGUUCUGUACGUAUCCCAAACUUUAUUGUAUUGCCAGCGUUAGAAGGACCUUGUUACCACCAGUACACAUAGACAACAGUCUUGUUCCUGUUCGGCAAUGUGCAACAAAUAAAUGGAAGGGUGACCAACACCUGCACACGAGGACCAUGACAACAUAUACAAACAAAUUACCUCAUCCAGACCGUAAGGGUUUGAUAGAAGCAACAUCUGACAGCUCCAAGUCUGUGAGUGACGGAACAGAGGUGUGGCAGCAUAUAAUAGUCCAAUAACAGGACAUUAUAUAUUACUAUAUUCACAGUUCUCCCUACUCCCUAUCCUAGAGACAGGGAGAAGCCAGGAUUACAUGGAGCACAACGAGAUGGAAGGAGAUGAGAGGAGAAGAAAGAAUAUCGGAGCAUUUCAGUUGUAAAAAAUAUGCAUCGUAUAAAAUAAAUCUCAGCAAAGAGGAAAACAACUUGAGUUUCUUCAAAAAGGCAAUAUAUGUGAUUUUAUCAUUCAAAAAUAAUGUCAUGUAGAGUCAUGUCCCCUGCAACAGGCCCACUGGA